CAUUCUUUUUGAAAUGACUUUAUCUCUACAAGCGAGAAUUACCGGCUUGUUUUUGAAAAAGUACGUUAUUGGUGAUGGAUAUAACACUAGCAAGUGCACAAGGCGAAGAUGCUCCAGAAAGGAGUGAUGUUCCAAAGAAUUGUCUUCUCUACGAAAUUGCCGAAAAGAUGAGUUCUCUAUGGGAAGAGUUUGGUAGAAUGUUACAUGUACCUGAAGAAAGAUUGAGCAGUGUAAAAAUGGAACAAAAUAGAAUUGUAGAAAGGGCAUUUCAAAUGCUUCUAUUCUGGAAGAGAAGCAAUGGAAGAAAUGCAACAGUAAAAAUAUUGUUGAAUGUUUUAAUUAAAAUUGGCCGUCGAGAUGUUGCAAAAUAUUUAGAAGACAAUCGUGGAAGAACGGAAAAUAAUUGCCGACAGCCACUUAAAGUAAUAGACAUUGCCAAAGAGCUAGUAGAUGAUUGGAAAGCGCUGGGUAUAAAGUUGGGAAUAAAUCAAUCAGAAUUGGAAGGGAUAAAUGCUGAUUAUAAUAAUGUGAAUGAGAAAGCAUGUGAAAUGCUUUCAAAAUGGCAAAAGGAAAAUGGAAGAGAUGCCAUUUCAAGUAAAUUGGCUAAAGCUUUAUGCAGUAUUGGUCGUCGAGAUCUUGCAGAAAAAUUGCAACAAGGUCCUGUUUACGCCAAUAUACCCACAGAAAUUCGUAGAGACGAUAGGUGUCGCGGUGCAUUGACAAUGUUCUGUCGCAAAGGUGGAAAUUAUUAUGCAUUGACAUGCGCCCAUGUUGCAUGUGACACCCAAGAUCUACGAAAUGAGUUUUCGAAAAUAGCUGAUACAAUAGAUGCCCGAAAUGCAAAAGAUAGUAACAGGUAUUUCUACCAGUCACCGAAAUUUGACAAGAAAAUACAACUAGGUACUGUUCCCUGCAACACGCUCAGUAAAUUUAACAGUGAAUCAGAUAUGAUGUAUAUUCCAGUUGGAAAGAAAGAAGAUUUUCAGCAUCUCGGUAGUGACAGUAUGGAGAAGCUUGCUUUUAAUUUCAAGGACGUAAAUGAAGAACUUUACGAAACAGCAAACAGCAAUAAAGGUGUUGUGGAAGUUCGUACCAGUAAUCACGUCACUGGUUUUAUCAUUGAACGAAAUUUUUCGUACAUGGACGCAAAUUCAACAACAAUUUUCAAAAAUGCCGUCAAGGUAGAAAGUAGUUCUUCAUUUUUGAAGAAAAAUGACUCGGGAACUCUAAUUUAUUUCAAAGAUCGUAAAGAUGUUUGGUGGCCAUUUGCAUAUGCCGUGUGCAAAAUCAAUGAUGGUAACUGUGAAGAUUCCAAGGAAUACUAUUUAUGCUUGAAAUUGGACAAAGCACUGCAACUGCUCGAUCUAAAGGACUGUGAGUUCUUUAUAGAACCAGAAAAUGUUAAUUAUGGCACUUCGUCCAAUUGAAGAAAAUUUCAAAUAAACGAUGAUGUACAGUGUGCUUCUAUAGAAUCGAAAAUAAUUUGAAGUUACUAGGUUUGUUUAUUGUAAAAAGCUUAAGUUAAGCUAUGGACUUUUGUUUACUAAUGGGGCAGAUUUGUAGAAAUUGAUUUUGACAAUUUUGGAGUUUAAAUCUGGUUGGUUUUACCAUUUAUUGAUACCUCGGCCAAGUUUUAAUGCGAAGGAAUUGUUUUUGAAUUUAGAUUUAUCUUUAAAUAUACUUGAAUUAAAAACUAUAAA